AUGACUUGUCGCUUCCUCGUAGCCACAGUCACCAAAGAUUACAUUUCAGCCUUGGCUCCGGGCCUUGAUCUGAGUAGUAUUCAAAAAGUCAUCACCAAGGUCAAGGAUUAUUUAUUCGGAUUAGAAGGUGCUCUCUCUCGGAGUGCCGGACGUCUCUCUCCGAACUUUUCUCUGUGCCAAAUUCCAGUAUGUGUGGAUAUUGCUUGUAACAUAUUGAAUAUUCCACAAUUUUCGAGAGAGUUGGCCAUUAAAAAAUCGGCCUCUUCGCCACAAGAUUAUGAACGAGCAUUUCAAGAAGCUGUGAAUUUAUUGGGAGUGACCUUUCCGAUUAAAUUUGAAGAUUUAUGUUUAUCAUUUGGAUGUAGUGGAAUUGGAGCUGCUUGUGAGCGACUUUUGGAAAAGUAUCAACAAGAAAUGAUGAAAAAAUUUGAAGGGAAGAGUGGUGCCAAUUUUUCCAAAUCAGUCUUUAAGGUUGUGGCGUUCUAUUUGGUGGCUACUCAUCAAUUUAAAUAUAAAGUCGAUAAAAGGAAACUCAUAGAGGAGACGAGAUGUCACUCGAAGAAUUUUGAAGAUAUUUUGGAAUCGAUGAGAACGACGUGUCAUUUGGGAUCCAACUCGGGUGUGGAAAUUAAAAUGAAAGAAGAUUCGACAACAGCAACAACAACGACCACUCCAGACAAAUCAUCGAGCCACAAGAGAAAACUUGAUGAGCUCAUGCAAAAUACAUCACCAAGCACUUCUUCUCCCUCUCUGGAGGAAUUGAAUCGUUCUUUGGUGAUUGGACUCGAUGAGACAAAAGUCACCUUUAAAAAGAAAAAAGGAAAUGAAAAGAAGAUAUCAACAACGUCACAAACUAACAAGAAUGAAACCCCAAAGAGAAGAAAUUCAAACAAAACAAGUGAGUCGAAUGACUCUUCGUCCACAUCGACUACUUCAACAUUCAAAGUUAAUGGAUCGAGUGCUAACAAUAAUCAAGAGUCAACAAGUCAGACCAAUCCAGUUCAUUCAAGCAAAAACAAGCAAACUCUACCACCAACCCCACCAACCCCUCAAAAUCAACCUCAAAUAAGGAAUCUAAUCCAAAGCAACAAAAAUUGA